AUGCCGGUUGCCGAGCGAACACCACAAACCCUCUACGACAAGGUCUUCCAGGCCCACAUUGUCGACGAGAAGCUCGAUGGUACCAUUCUUCUGUACAUCGACCGCCAUCUCGUGCACGAGGUCACCUCUCCACAAGCUUUCGAGGGAUUAGAAAAGGCCGGCCGCAAGGUCCGGAGACCAGACUGCACUCUGGCCACAACUGACCACAAUGUCCCCACCACCUCGAGAAAAACUCUCAGAGACAUUGCCAGCUUCAUUCAGGAGGACGACUCUCGGACGCAAUGCGUGACCCUCGAGGAGAAUGUCAAGAAGUUUGGCGUCACAUACUUUGGCCUGAGCGACAAGAGACAAGGUAUCGUCCACGUUAUCGGGCCCGAGCAGGGCUUCACUCUGCCUGGCACCACGGUUGUGUGCGGCGACAGUCACACGUCGACCCACGGCGCCUUUGGUGCCCUCGCCUUCGGUAUCGGCACCAGUGAAGUCGAGCACGUCCUCGCCACACAGACCCUCAUCACGAAGCGCAGCAAGAACAUGAGGAUAUUGGUCGACGGAGAGCUGUCCCCCGGUGUCAGCUCCAAAGAUGUGGUCCUGCACAUCAUCGGCAAGAUUGGUACGGCUGGUGGCACCGGGUCCGUCAUCGAGUUUGCCGGUUCCGUUAUCCGCAGCCUGAGCAUGGAGGCCCGCAUGUCCAUCUGCAACAUGGCCAUCGAGGGUGGUGCCAGAGCCGGCAUGGUCGCUCCCGACGAGAUCACUUUCGAGUACCUCAAGGGCCGCCCCCUGGCCCCCAAGUGUGGGUCUGACGAGUGGAACAAGGCGGUCGCCUACUGGAAGUCCCUGCAGUCCGACCCGGAUGCCAAGUACGACAUUGAUGUUCAUAUCGACGGGAAGGACAUCAUCCCCACGGUGACCUGGGGCACCAGCCCUGAGGACGUCGUACCCAUCACCGGCAGCGUUCCCGAUCCCGAGACCUUCCCCACCGAGGCCAAGAAGGCCGCGGGCCGCCGCAUGCUGGAGUACAUGGGUCUCGCAGCAGGGACUCCCAUGGAGGACAUUGUGGUCGACAAGGUGUUCAUCGGCUCCUGCACCAAUUCCAGAAUCGAGGAUCUCCGCGCCGCUGCUUCGGUCGUCAAGGGCAAGAAGAUUGCCUCCAACAUCAAGCGUGCCCUGAUCGUGCCCGGCUCCGGUCUCGUCAAGGAGCAGGCCGAGGCUGAGGGUCUCGACAAGAUCUUUACCGAUGCCGGCUUCGAGUGGCGCGAGGCUGGCUGCAGCAUGUGCCUGGGCAUGAACCCUGACAUUCUGUCGCCCAAGGAGAGAUGCGCCUCCACCAGCAACCGCAACUUCGAGGGCCGUCAGGGUGCUCAGGGCCGGACCCACCUCAUGUCCCCCGUCAUGGCUGCUGCUGCCGCCAUCGUCGGCAAGCUCGCCGAUGUGAGAAAGCUUGCCGAGUACAAGGGCAGCCCUCACAUCGAGGCCGCUGUCGCGCCCGAGACCACCUCUGGCAAGGCUCAUGCUGAUGAGCGCAUCGAGACGGAUGACCAUGAGAAGGAAGCUCUCACCGACCAGCCCGAAGACUCAUCUCCUCAGGUCAACACCUCUGUCCCCAAGGCCGGCAGCACCGGUCUUCCCAAGUUCACCGUUCUCAAGGGCAUCGCCGCCCCGAUGGAGAAGGCCAACAUUGACACCGACGCCAUCAUCCCCAAGCAGUUCCUGAAGACCAUCAAGCGCACCGGUCUUGGCAAGGCUCUCUUCUAUGAGUGGCGCUACCUUGAUGCCAACACUGAGAACCCCGACUUUGUCCUCAACCAGGAGCCAUACCGUCAGGCCAAGAUCAUUGUCUGCACCGGUCCCAACUUUGGCUGCGGCUCUUCCCGCGAGCACGCCCCUUGGGCUCUGAACGACUUUGGCGUCAAGAGCGUCAUUGCUCCUUCCUUUGCCGACAUUUUCUUCAACAACUCGUUCAAGAACGGCAUGCUCCCCAUCGCCAUCAAGAACAAGGACGACCUCGAAAAGGUGCACGCCGAGGCGGCCGCCGGUCGCGAGAUCGAGAUUGACCUCCCCAACCAGCUCAUCAAGGACCAGGAUGGCAACACCAUCUGCAGCUUCGAGGUGGAGGAGUUUAGAAAGCACUGCCUGGUCAACGGGCUCGACGACAUUGGUCUUACCAUGCAGCUCGAGGAUAAGAUCUCCGAGUUUGAGAAGAAGAUGACGCUCGAGACCCCCUGGCUGGACGGCAGGGCGUACCUGAAGAGGAAGGGGCAGGGUGGCAAGCUGGCAGCCAAGGCCGUGCCAGUCCCCAAGACGAAUAGGGGUGAGACCAAGACUGAGCCGCUUGAGUGGUGA